CAAAACAGUCAGAUAACGAAACUUAAUUACGCUACAAGUGUUGUCCAUUAUUUUUAAUCUUGCCUUUCCACAGACACGCAAAAAAUACCGUCCUUACUUUAACUAAAAACAAAUAAAACAGUGUGGGUGUUAUUGUAACUUGAAUCAUAUAAACAUUCAGUGAAUUUACUCCUAAAAAUGGUUUUGAAAUCUGUAACACGUGCUUUUUUUUUAUUCAUUCUUAUGAUAGUUUUACUAAUAGUUUUCACUCCAAUACUUGUAAUUUUGUGGUGUUACCGACAAGUCAUCACUUUAGUGUUAAAAAUCAAAUACGGUCGUCGGUUUGGUGGCCUGCUUGGUGGAAAAGACGCGUUCUGGGCAUUUGAGGAUGUUUCCAAAAGUAUAAUUACUUCGGUAAUUAUUGUAGAAUCAACGAAAGACUCAAACCAGUUUAUCGAAACUCUCCGAAUACGAAUUGACGAAAGGUUGUUAAAAAAAGAGUCAAGACUAACAUCAACACGUGAAAAAUUUGGUGGCUAUUGUUUCCUAAUAAAAAACCAAUACUCCCUGGAGAAUGCUUUUAAAGUAAUUAACACCACCACAACUUUUGACCAGUCGUACUUGGAAAAAUUUGUUCAAGAGUGUCUUUCUAAAGAAAUGCCCAAACACGACACAGGACUUUGGGAGGUUUUAGUGUUUGAUAAACGGGCACAAUGGCUUGAAACAAACAAGAAACAAUAUAUUUUCGUGUUUCGGUGUCACCAUGGUUUAGGUGAUGGAUUUGCUUUACUCGAUCUUUUAAUCCACCAGUUUUCGGACGAAAAAAUACAACCAGAGACACACAGAACGCAAUGGGAAAAAUCAGGCACUACGACCAGUUGGUUUACCUUACUUAAGUACGCUUUGUAUGGACCUGCACAGGUCGCAGUUGAGAAAUUUUCAAGACCACCAGAUGCCAAUUUUUUACAUCGGAAUAAUCUUUGUGGGGAAAAAAUCAUAGCCUGGGCUGUUGAGGAAAAACCGCACUUGGUACCUCUUGUAAAAUUGAUGAAAAACCAACUGCCAGAAACACGAUUUUCGGAUGUGGUCUUGUGUGCAAUCUCGAAAAGUUUAAACGAUUUUUACUCAAAAAAAAGUCAAAUGGUUCCAAAGCACAUAACUUGCGUAAUUCCAGUGCUACUGAAGGCUCGAUCAAAUGGAAACAUUUUUAAUUUGACGAACAGAUAUUCAGUUGGUGAACUAACUUUGCCUGUCCUUACGGACAAUGUUUUAGAAGAAGUGAGGAAGUACACACGGAUUUUGAAAAAUUCGCCUGAUAUUUUCGUCUAUCACUGGCUUCUUAAUAUUGUGGCCUUUGUACUACCGGAACUUGCAUUGAAACGAAUUUUUUAUUCGGGUCAUAGUACAGCCGUUAUAAGUAUUUUGCCAGGAUUUAACAAGAUAAGUUGCUUGGAUGGAGAUACGAUCCGUGACGUCAUUUAUUGGAUUCCUAACCGGGGAUCUACAGGUUUUAAUGCUUUCAAGUCUUUUUCAAACACAAGAUUUUUUGUAGGGGUGGGAAUUUCAGUGUUAACAUAUGAGAACAGACUUCAGAUUGGAAUAGUAGUGGAUAAAGAAUUGCCCCUGAAUCAAAGUGAUGCUCAAAUGAUCGUAGAUGGCGUAUUUACAUCUAUUAUCGACCUUUACAGCAGUAACUUUGGUACAUUUUGUAAAUAGUAAAUAAAUAAUCUUGAGUGACUUUGCCAAAAAAAAAAAAAAAAACAACAAACUACGAGGAAUAAAAAAAUCGUCUGGUGGAGUAAAAAUAAGAACAGUAAUUGUUGUUUACAAAUUACGAGUAAAUUAGUUGACUAAUCGUCUGGGAAAAAAGAAAGAAUUGACGUUGAACAUCAAAUUCUGAAUAAACGGAAAAACACCGUCAUCUCAUUUUUUUAAUUAGCGCGCUACUCCACAUAUUUUGCAAAACGCUGGAAAUAUGUUUUAAAAAAAUGUAGAAAAUGAAACUUUGUAACUAAAUUUUCAGUGCCGUUUUUUAAAAAAAUUCAAUUUUUUACAACUUUGUUCCUUCCUACAUUUUUUUGUUUCUUCAACCAUAUUCUCAGAGUUUUGAAAAAUAUGGAGAGGUGCAGAGUGGUAAAAACUUAAUUUCGUUAAUACAGUCGUUAUUUAAUAAGUUUCUACUAAGUGACCACAUUUUUUGAUUGUCUAGUGCUCACCGUUGUUUAAAUUCAGCUAUGUUUUAAUUUCUAUAAAAAAAUUUAAUAUUAGUUAUAAGGGAACAUAGAAAAAUUCUGGAAAAAUUCACAUGCAGAGAGAAAAAUAAAAAGUAUUUAUUGGCAAACGAUCUUUAAUAGUUUGUAAGACACAGUAAAGAUAUACUUUUAGCAAACUAGCCCUGUAUGUACAAAUUAUUAGUAUUGAGAACGAAUCAUUAGUAACACUCCUUAUUUGAGUUUGUGUAUUUGUUCAAUGGUCGCAUGUUUGUUUGAAUUAUAUAAAUCAAAAAAGUGUGGAGAAAAAGGUCAGAUUACGUCAAAAACAACUUUUUUAAAUGUAGGUAAACUUUCCUACCAAUGUUUUACUGAAGUUGCGUAAGAGCCUAAGCUAACCAAUAGUUUUGUAUCAAACUUUGCAAAUUGAAUUUCGAUUCUAGUCUCAACAGGAUUUGAAGUUGGAUAAUGGUUGGGGUGUAGCUUAUUCAUAAUAUUAGCUAGACAGGUAUUGAUUAUUAUGUGAAAACUUCUGAACUAAUUUAUUAAUAAUUUAUUGUUUAAA